UGGCUUAGCUUUUAGUGUUAAUUUCUAAAAUUCGGCUCUAAAUUUUUAUACAAAAAGUUCAAAGCAUAAAAAUGUUGCAAGAUGGAAAAACGAGAUCGUUAUUUUAGUCAGAACUCGAACCAGCCGCAAAAUGCAGACUUUUCUUUGGAAGAUCAAAUUAUGAGGAAUUCACAAAAAAUCUACAGGUUUUGCUCAGAUCCGGAAUAUAAUAGAGUAUAUCAGCGGUAUAGGACAAACCUCAUCCGGGUGCAAAAUUCCAUGCCUAGAAGAUUUCGUUCCAGGAGCGCUCUGAAUUUGCAGGCCUCACAAAGCCGCCUUUUAGCUGGCGGUUUCUGUAGUAAAUUGAAUAAAUCCGGAAAGAAGAAAAAAAAUACGCAUAACCAAAGCCACGACCAUCAAAAUGAUGCCGGUAAGCCUUCUUGUGAAACCGCUAAGUCCUCGAAGCAAACGAAUUGCGCCACAAAUGAUGAACCUUCCUACCGGUGCAAUAAAAGUGCAUCCGAUAAAAGCCCGAAAAUCACCCGCUGUUCCUCAAAACCGGAACCCAAUAAGUCCCCACGCAGCAAUGGACACGAGAGCCAGCGCCACAGCUGCGUGUCCUUUGAAGAGCCCCCGGCCAGGGAUAUUCCCACAGUUGAUCUGCACUUCCGGGACAGCUCAUGCUCAGGCACGGUGUCCAAUGAAUCCAGCCUGUCCUCCAUCAACGUUUGCUAUAGCCAGGAGCCACAGGGGGAUAUUACAAAAACGUGUCCCGCUCAAACGCCGAAAGAGCCAGCACCUCAACGGAGGAAGGAGUCGUCCAGGAACCAAACAGCCUCGCGAUUUUGCAUGCGACCGUUGAUUGUGGUGCCCGCGGGUGGGGGAACUAAGAAGGAUCAAUCUGAGAAUUCCAAAGUAGUUAGCACAGAUCACUCCAAGUCGAAGUCUGCACACCACCACACGAAUAGUUCUCAAAAGUCCACAAAGAAGCAAGCAAAGAGCCAUCGCCUUGAUAAGUCUCACAGUUCUAAAGAUUCUUUAGCAAAGCGUGGUCAGCCUACAGUGGAAAUUGAAGAAUCCAUUUCAAAUUCAAGGAGCACUUUUGGUGCCCACGAAUAUUGUGAUUGCAAGGGCGCAGACCAAUUCUGCUGUUACUAUUUACCAGAGGAGCCCCAUUGCUCGAAGAAUCCACCGCCAUGUUCCAACUGCCCGGCUAUAUGCGACUUAUCCAACCAGUUGGAGCAGAUGAAUCGACGUUUGGAGGGCCUUCAGAGCCAGGAUCUCUGCGAUAUCCGCUCGCAGGUGAAUAGCCUCAAUGCCAAUGUUCAGUGUUUGGCCAAAGAGUGUAUUCGGAAAAUGGAUGGUGCCAAAAGGCUGAACAAGAAGACCUCGAGCACGUGCCAGUUCUGUCGUGGGCAGUGCUUGAAAAUACUUGAUAGUUUCUACAGACAACUGCUGGACUCGCUGUGGGAUCGUUGCCUGACAAACAUAGUAAUAUCCAUAUUUCUGCGAGCAGACAAUUUAUAUCACGUAAAUGUUAGGGAUCUGGGCACUGACUGUUCCCUUGGUUGUUACCUGGUCACUGAUGCGGCCAUUGAGGAGGCCAUCGGGUUGGGAGUUUUCGAGAACAUACUCACCUUCAGUGUUAUUGAUGUGCGGAAUACCAUCAGGUCGAAGAACUGCGCCUUGGGCAUCGUCUUUGAAUACCAUCACUCAAAGCGGCAGACAGGUGGUUGCGAUACCCCACUGCGUGGCUCCUGUAUGGCGGGCAAGGAAUACAUCGGCAGGGUGCUCGGACUUCCUUUGGAUCAGCUGAAAUACCUGUACUCCGUUCCGCGAUCCUAUACCAAAAUCAGUCAGCACAUAUCUGAGAGUGAAAGUGGAAGUCAGUUACACUCGGUUUCUACUCAAACGACUUUGACCGAUAUGCAGACAGAUAAUCAGGAAAUUAAAAUAGGAAAAAAGAGAAGUACCCGUAAAAAAAUUCCCUUAAGUUAGAAGGAUUUUUAAUAAAUUGUAGGAAAAGAUCGUAAAGCCAACUUACAACGUAUUUGUAACAUUUUAUA